AUGGCAGUGGCAGAUCUACUUGUGGUAAUGUUUGACGUAAUAUUUUAUGAGAUUAAUGACAUUUACUUCUCAUAUUCAUUUUUGAACUACACGCCAAUUUGGAGCCUUAACAUUGCCCUGCUUUGCACAGCAAUAGAUUGUUCUGUUUGGGUUACAGUUGCUUUCACUUUUGAUCGAUUCAUCGCCAUUUGCUGCCAAACGUUGCGAAAAAAAUAUUGCAAUGAAAGAACUGCAUCAAUAAUUAUAGCAACUACCUAUGCAUUGAGCUUUGUAGAAAACAUUCCAAUUUAUUUUGAAAAUGAACACUUGGAAAUGAUCGACAAUGCAACUUGGUUCUGCAAUGUAAAAUCGAGUCUCUUUAAUGUACCUCUCUGGGUAGCAUACUGUUUCGUUGACUUUACCCUAACACCAUUUGUACCAUUUGUACUGAUUGCGUUGCUCAAUGCUUUCACGAUUAAGCAUGUUGUGCAGAGUAAUAGAGUAAGGAAAAAGCUUCAGAGAAGUGAACGAGAAGAUCACAAUGAUCCUGAGAUGGAUAACCGGAGGAAAUCGAUCAUGUUACUGCUGGCCAUCUCUGGCUGUUUUAUAUUGUUGUGGACAGUAACUUUUGUACAUUCUGUGUGCACACAAUUCGUAGGCAUUCCAUUUUUCUCCAGAAAUUACAACGAUCCAUUCGCCAUCAUGGAGCACACUGGAUAUAUGCUUCAGUGUUUGAGUUCGUGCACAAACACGUUUAUCUACGCGGUGGCUCAGGUCAAAUUCAGAAGGGAAUUGAUGGCCAUCAUUGAAUAUCCAUUCGUUCUGACAAAGUCCAUGAUUUCGCAAAAUGGAUAA